AUGGAUAUUUUGGACAAAUUGAAAAUAGACUUGAAGCUAUGGGAGCGCAACUUUGCUGAGUUAAAUGGAAGGUCGCCAGGUAAAGAUGAUAUUAAAAAUAAUCCAGAUAUAAAGAUAAAGUAUAAAACGUAUGCUAGUCUCAAAAAAAACGGUGUUAAUGUUAACUAUAAAGAUAAUGCUUCUGCGAGAGAGCAUUUCACACCUAGAAGAGAUAUUCAAUCAGAAUUAGGUCCUACGCCUCAGAUAUAUGGUACGGUGCUGAGCUUAUUUGAGAUGAGCAUGUCACCAGAGAAGCAAAUAGGGCAAUUUACUUCAAGGGUUAACGAAGAUACAAUAGAAUCCCCUAUAAAUACCCUUCCUGUAUUGUCUGAAAAGCCAGUAAAAAGACAACUGGACUUUUCUAUGCCAACUCCUCAUUCUCCAGAGAAGAAGAUAAUAGAUGAGGCUCCAGUAUUAGAACCAGCUAACACAGACGCUAAGGGUACUUAUGGACCUAAUUCUCCACUCAAAUUUGAUAACGAUGUGGCAUUGAAAUUAUCUAAAACUCCAGCAAAAGUGGCGCAUCACAAGAUUAUGGGUACUAGCCCAUCGCCGCUAAUAAAGAGGCCUGCCAAGUCUCUGUCUCAAUUAGCCAAAGAACACGAAACGAUCCUACAAGAAAUGAAUUCCAUUGGUGAGCAAAGUAUUUCUCGUAACUUAGGUUUUGUAUUACAGCAAGAGCUAGCCGAAAAGAAUGAAGAAGACGAAAAUAAUCCAACUGUUAAAGUGUCGAAAAGAAGGAGGAAGAAUAAAGUGGGAGUUGCAUUAGAAACAAUUAAAGAAGCCCCUAAAGGGAGCGUUCAUGACGAGUUAGCUAAACUGAAGCGUAAAGCCGUAAAUCAGUUCAUGGGUUUUGAAGAUAAUGAGGAUGAUUCUUUCGAAGACAACAAAGCACAACCGAAGGAAGCCUCUAAGGUAAAGAAACGCAAGAACCGAAAAUACAAAGUCGUUAGCGAUAACUUUGUAAGGCUCAAAUUGCCCAAGAAGAACCGCGGUGGUCCAAGAUGGAGACGGAGAUAG